ACCCGCCUGCCAGUGUUCCGAAGGGGAGGGCGACUCUCUCUGGAGCCCGCCCCUGAGCCUCGGCGGGUGGCCUGGGCGCUCGGGACGUGGUUCGCUGCGGUUUCUGCCUAACUGCGGCUGCUGGGCGAGAGUCCGAGCGGUAGCCAAAGACCCCGGCAGGAUGCCUAUGCAUUUCGUCUUCUCCAAUGAGGUGGAGCUCCUCUUUGAUUUCUGGAGGGUCCACAGUCCAGCCGGCAUGGCCGUUUCUGUGCUGGUGGUCCUCCUCCUGGCCGUGUUGUACGAAAGCAUCAAAGUUGGCAAAGUAAAGUUGUUCCACUGGUCCCUGCUGCACUUGCCCCCAAACCACAGCCAGCCACUGACGGAGUGCACGGACCAGGAGUCCACAAACUCUGCAGCAGCCCAGACGGACGGUGACCGAACCAGGUGGUUCCUGAGUCACCUGGGCCAGUCUCUGAUACACGUGGUCCAGGUGGUGGUUGGCUACUUUGUGAUGCUGGCUGUGAUGUCCUACAACACCUGGAUAUUCCUCGGCGUGAUCCUGGGCUCGGCCAUCGGUUACUACUUGGCCUACCCCCUCCUGAGUGUGGGCUAGGGGGCAGGCUGCCUCCGGGGCCGCUCAGCACCUUGGAGAGCGCCCUCUCCUGUGCUUAUCGAGAACCCCCCCCCCCAACUCAGAAGCAGGCCCUUCUCCACAGCUGCUCCCCCCUCAGCUCUCUUGUGUGGCCUCUGAGUGGAGGAACAGGGGCUGCAGGCUCCUCCCCAGGGCAGCCACCAGCGGGGCUCCUUGGGAGAGGGGAGACAGCAGAUGUCCAUUAUGCAGUCUGCUCUUGGAUUUCCUGACUUGGAGAAGGCAGGCCAACCAUUGGAAAAGGGAUUGGGGGAGGGGCAGUGCUCUAGACAUGCUCUCCUUCUCUAUAUUGUGCCUUAGUUCCCAUGGAACAAGCCAUGCAGGGUUAAUUGCUCUCCUCUUCCCCUAUCUAUGGGAGAAGGGGCCAUGUCAGCUUUUCAAACUCACCUCCCUGCCUUAGGAAUGCUAGGAAAUUGUGUGUGUGUGUGUGUGUGUGUGUGUGUGUGUG